AUUUCACAGUCUACGCAGAGACUGGAAGUUGCAUCAGACGAAGUACAAAGCCGAUCUCUGCUUUUGAUUCCAAUCUCGUUUAAACAACCUAAAUUAACACACACACAAAAAAACAAGGAUCUCUAAACGGCCUUGUUUGCCGGCAUAUUCAUCCGUUAAAGUUCUCGCAGUAUUAUCGCAUGUCCAAUAUACAGAACCUCCAGUCUUUCGAUCCCUUUGCUGAUGCAACUAAGGGUGACGACUUGCUCCCGGCCGGGACAGAAGAUAAAAUCCACAUAAGGAUCCAGCAACGAAACGGGCGCAAGACAUUGACCACAGUGCAGGGCAUUGCUGAUGAUUACGAUAAAAAGAAACUGGUGAAAGCCUUUAAAAAGAAAUUUGCCUGCAAUGGUACAGUGAUUGAGCAUCCAGAGUAUGGAGAGGUGAUUCAACUGCAAGGUGACCAGAGGAAGAACAUUUGUCAGUUUCUGAUGGAGAUCAACAUUGUAAAGGAGGAACAGUUGAAGGUUCACGGUUUUUAAAUGGACCCUUCAGGGGUUUUCUAAGGACUGCACCAGCAUGUAGCAAUCCAACUAUAUAGCAGGGUUUUUGUGGAACAUGCUAGAAAACUGACUGCAGGGUAAAGCUGUUGUUUUUACUGUCAUUCCAAGCUCAAAUCUUCAUAAUGACCUCAAGCAGGCUGCUAAAACCAGACUGGUCUGUGUUAGACACUGAAUCUUUAUUGCUGAUGCUAGUGAGCGUUUUAUGUUAGACACUUGAUUGCACAAUAUCUUUUUAUCGAUGACAAUAAAAUUGUGUGACUUUG